AUGGCUAGCCCUAAUGUUCUUACCUUUGAUGCUGAGGGGCGUGCGGUUGACUUUGACGUGUGGGUUGACGACCUACAGCUCUUUCUUCAGUGUGACUCCAAGGACGGAGUAUCCCUUUUCGAUCACACGUCUGGUGUCUCUCCUGCACCUGCUGCCACUGCUGACAGUACGGUUCGCUCGCAGUGGACCACUCGUGAGGCUGUUGCUCGCCUUGCUGUUCAUAGUCACCUGCCGUCUGCUGAGCGCGCGCACUUUGGCCAGUACAAGACUGCUAAGUCUUUGUAUGACGCUGUCGUAGCGCGCUACUCCUCCCCUGCCACUGCUGCCCUCAGCCGCCUCAUGCUGCCGUACCUGUUCCCUGACCUUGCCGCCUUUGCCACAGUCGCUGACCUCAUUACUCACCUCCGCACUAGUGACGCCCGCUACCGCGCUGCGCUUCCCACUGAGUUCUGUGCCAAGAACCCCCCCUCCAUGUACAUCACCCUCUACUACCUAGUCACCCGUCUCCCUGACUCCCUUUCUUCAGUCAGGGACCACUUUCUCUCCCUUUACCCCACCGAGCUCACCGUCGACCUGCUAGAGGAGCGCCUCACUGCAGCUGAGAAGAGUAUCGUUGCUGUAGGUGCUUCUCGCGGCGACCCUCGCGCCCCUUUCUUUGAGGGGUGUUCCCCUGUCCCCCUUCUCCCCUCUGUUGCUUCUGCUGCUGCUGUCGACCUCGUUGGCUUUGAGGAGGUCGGGGCUGCGUCUGCUCCUAGUGGGAGGCGCCGCAACAGCAAGGGCAAGGGGGGCAAGGGUGGUGGAGGGGACGGUGGGGGCGGCGGUGGAGGCGGUGGAGGAGGCGGAGGGGGUGGCGGUGGAGGUGGGGGUGGUGGCGGGAGUAGGGGCGUCGGUGGCGGCGGUGGGGGUGGUGGAGGCAGCGGCAGCGGCGGUGGAGGCAGCGGCAGCGGUGGUGGAGGUGGCGGCGGCGGUGGUGCUGGUCGAGGUGGAGCCGCGCAGCGUGGAGGCUUUGGUGGUACGAGUGAGUCUGCUGCUCCAGGUGCUGGUGAGUCUGCUCUCUUUGGUACUGCACCUACAAAGGCCUUCCACACUUUCACACUUGACCCCGGUGCUUCGCGCUCCUUCUUUCGCGACAGCACCACACUCACACCGCUCAGUCGGCCAGUCGCAGUCUCCCUGGCUGACCCCUCUGGGGGCCCGGUCCUUGCGCACUCCUCCACGGUUUUACCGUGUCCUGCGGCCCCGUCGGGCUUGCUGUCGGGACUCCACCUCCCCUCGUUGUCUACGAACUUGGUCAGUGGAGCUGACCUCCAGGACGUGUGGGUUGACCAGUUCACCCCUGGAGGUCAGCGGGUGACCCACUGCACUUGCUCUCGGACGGGCCGCCACCUGGCCACGUUCACCCGUCGGCCUGGGUCGAGUCUGUACACACUGACUACUGCGUCUCCUCCGGUCACUGCGUCUGGUCAGGUAGCCGCGUCUGGUCAGGUGUUUGCUGCCGCGUCCAGGUCUAGUCCGGCGUCUGCCCCCUGCUCGUGUCGUCCUCUGUCACACGAGACUCUCCUUUGGCACCACCGCCUUGGUCACCCCUCCCUGCCUCGUCUUCGAGGUAUGGCCUCCCGUACCCUUGUCUCUGGUCUCCCCCGGUCCCUCCCUCCCCUUCCUCCGGGGCCGGCCCCUACCUGUGUUCCUUGUGUUGAGGGCCGGCAACGCGCCGCUCCUCACUCUUCCGAGUUCCCUCCGACAGAGGCUCCCCUGCAUACUCUCCACAUGGACGUGUGGGGCCCAGCCCGCGUCCGUGGACAGGGUCACGAGCGUUACUUCCUGCUGGUCGUUGACGACUACUCGCGUUACACCACAGUCUUCCCCUUGCGCCGCAAGGACAGGGGUGGUGAGUUUUCCUCCGACCUUCUAAGGGCUUUCUGUCGUGCGGAGGGCAUCCGCCAGACGUUCACGCUUCCGGCCUCCCCACAGCAAAAUGGGAUUGCUGAGCUCCGCAUUGGCAUGGUCAUGGACGUCGCUCGUACGUCCAUGAUCCAUGCGGCUGCUCCCCAUUUUCUGUGGCCGUUCGCGGUUCAGUACGCUGCGCAUCAGAUCAACCUUCAGCCUCGUGUCUCCUUGCCGGAGACCACACCUACUCUGCGGUGGACGGGGAAGGUUGGCGAUGCGUCUGUGUUCCGUGUCUGGGGAUCUCGAGCUUUUGUCCGCGAUUCUUCCGCGGACAAGCUGUCCUCCCGUGCUGUUCCCUGCGUCUUCCUUGGCUUCCCCCCUGACGCGCCUGGGUGGCAGUUUUACCACCCCACCUCGCGUCGUGUUCUGUCCUCUCAGGACGUCACGUUUGACGAGUCGGUAUCUUACAACCGUCUCUUUCCCUACCGCACUGCCCCUCUCCCCCCCCUGCCGCUCUUCCUCGCACCAGGUGCUCCUCCGGUAGACCCCCUCCCCCCUCAGGGUCCUGCCCCCUCAGGUGUGUCCCAGGUAGACCCUGUCGAGCCUGUCGAGGUAGCUGUCGACUCUGGUGCUGCUAGGGGUGCUGAGCCUACGGGUGCGGGGCCUGGGGGUGCUGAGCCUAGGGUUGCUGAGUCUGAGGGUGCGGAGCCUGGGGGUGCUGAGCCUGAGCGUGUGGAGCCUGGGGGUGCUGAGCCUGGGGGUGCUGAGUCUGGGGGUGCUGAGCCUGAGUGUGCUGAGUCUGGAGGUGCUCCGGGUGUCCCGUCACGGCGGGAGCCCCUCUCUCCACAGCGGCUACGUGAGUGGUACGCUCGGCGCUGUAGCCGUGCUGCUGGAGCUACGGGGCCUGCUGCUGGAGGUGCUUCUGGAGCUGGAGCUGCUGGAGGUGCUGCUGGUGCUGGAGCUGCUGGAGCCGCUGGUCCUGGAGGUGCUCGUACUGGAGGUACUGGCGCUGCUGGAGGUCCUGCUGGUGUUGGAGCUGCUGGAGGUGCUGGAGCCGCUGGUCCCGGAGGUGCUCGUACUGGAGGUACUGGAGCUGCUGGUGCUGGUGGUGCUGCAGGAGUUGGAGCUGGAGGUGCUGGAGCUGUUGCUGCUGGAGGUGCUGCUGGAGCUGGAGCUGCUGGAGGUGCUGCAGUUGGUGGUGCUGCGGGAGUUGUAGCUGGAGACCCUGGAGCUGCGGGUACUGGUGCUGUCUCUGCUGUUUCUGGAGGCGCUGCGCGGCCGCGGCCGUACUACGUUCCACUCCUUCAGCAGGUACUUGGCCUCCCGCAUUCUACUGGUCCUUCUCCUCCCCUACUGAGUCCGCCGCCUGUCCAGUCGCAGUCGCAGUUACAGCCAGCCUCUACACUACCUGGUCCUUCUCCUUACUCUGGACCGACUAGAGGUCUUACGGAGCGUCGUGAGCCUGAGUCUCGUCCUGCGUCGCCUGAGUCUCGUCCUGAGUCGCCUGUUCGCGCUGUUCGCACUGGUCGUCGUGUUCCGCAUGAGCGUCCUCUUCCUUCCACUGCUCCACUGCGUGUCCCUCUGCCGUCUCCUCCUGUGUCCUCUCUUCCUGACGGUCCGGACCCGGAGUCUGACUCCCUUCGUGCUGCUAGUCCUACUGUCACGCGUUUCCUGGCCACUGUUGUCACUGACCCUUCGUUUGAGUCCACUGUUGCGUCUGCUCUAGUUGCUGAGCUUGUUGACUUUGCUGCCGCCUGUCGUCUCGACUACGCCGCUAGUCUUGUUGCUGAGUCUGAGUCUGAGUCUUUCUGUCCUCCGUCCGUCGGUGGUGAGUGUGCUCUUGGCACGGACGUCCUUGAGGACAGACAGGAGGAGUUUGAGUGCUUCGCCGCUGCUUUACCUCAUCUCGUGUCCAUGCUGCUUGCCCCUGAGGGAGACCCGGAUGCACCAGACAUCCCGACCCCGCGCUCUUACGCAGAGGCGAUAGAGGGUCCCUACUCCUCUCAGUGGCAGACAGCCAUGGACACAGAGAUGGCUUCCUGGAAGUCCACAGGCACCUACGUCGACGAGGUUCCCCCGCCUGGGGCGAACAUCGUCAGUGGCAUGUGGAUUUUCAGGGUGAAGCGGCCGCCGGGUUCUCCGCCUGUCUUCAAGGCGCGUUACGUUGCACGAGGCUUCAGACAGCGAGAGGGAGUUGAAUUCUUCCAGACCUUCUCCCCUACCCCGAAGAUGACCACUCUUCGGGGCAGCCUGCACGAGGAGAUCUGGCUGCGCCGCCCACCUGGCUUCACUGGGUCGUUUCCUGCUGGUACCCAGUGGAGCCUCCGGCGGCCAGUCUACGGUCUCCGCCAGGCACCCCGUGAGUGGCACGACACACUGAGGACGACUCUUGCUGCUCUUGGGUUUGCUCCUUCUACUGCCGACCCGUCGUUGUUUCUACGCACCGACACCACUCUGCCGCCGUUCUACGUUCUCGUGUAUGUAGACGACCUGGUCUUUGCUACUGCUGACACUGAGGGACUCGCCCACGUGAAGUCGGAGCUGCAGAAGAGACACACGUGCACAGACCUGGGUGAGCUGACAAGCUAUCUUGGCUUGCGGAUCACCCGGGACAGAGCACAGCGCAUCAUUACCUUGACUCGGUCACACAUGGUGCAGCAGGUCCUUCAGCGCUUCCGCUUCACGUACUCCUCGCCACAGUCCACUCCUCUGCCUACCGGUCACUCGCUCUCAGCUCCACCUUCGGACGAGUCCGUAGAGCCGAGUGGCCCGUAUCCAGAGCUUGUGGGCUGCCUCAUGUACCUGAUGACCUGCACUCGACCUGACCUUGCCUACCCUCUUAACAUUCUAGCACGCUAUGUCGCUCCUGGCAGACACAGGAAGGAGCACAUGGAUGCCGCUAAGAAGGUGUUGCGCUACUUGUGCAGUACGUCGGGCAUGGGGCUUGUGCUUGGAGGACGGGCUCGAGUUGUCCUCACUGGUCACGCAGACGCUUCCUGGGCUGACGACUUGGCUACGCAGCGGUCGUCACAGGGUUACACCUUCAGCCUUGGCUCCGGCUCUGUUUCUUGGCGGUCUACCCGCUCGUCUUCUGUUCUCAGCUCCAGUUGUGAGGCUGAGAUCUACGCAGGGGCCAUGGCUGCACAGGAGUUACGCUGGCUCACCUACCUGCUGACCGACCUGGGAGAGCCGCCUCGUUCUCCUCCAGUGCUGUACGUCGACAACAAGGCCAUGAUUGCCUUGUGUCAGGAGCACAGACUGGAGCACAAAACGAAGCACAUCGCUCUGCGCUACUUCCUUGCUCGAGAGUUGCAGCAGCGUGGUCAGCUUCAUCUUGCUUACGUGGCCACUCGGGCCAACACUGCUGAUGUCUUCACCAAGGCACUUCAGCCUUGUGAUCAUCAGCGUUUCUGUACUGUUCUAGGCCUUGUGCCUACUGUGCCUCACUUGCUUACUUCUUGA